AUGCAUGAUGCUCUGGUGUUUGGAAUCCCUAUUGUAGCAAUUUUCACUGCUCUGAUUGUCAGCGUUUAUGGGAUUAAGCAGAGGAGAAAGAGUUUGAUGCAUAAAGAUCUCCAAGCCCUUGACCUGCAAACUGGCUCCUUCACCUUGAGACGAAUCAAAGCGGCAACUAGAAAUUUUGAUCCGGCUAACAAGAUUGGUGAAGGUGGUUUUGGUUCAGUUUACAAGGGUUCACUGUCCGAUGGCACCGUCAUUGCUGUCAAGCAGUUAUCAUCAAGGUCUAAACAAGGGAAUAGGGAGUUCGUGAAUGAGAUAGGGAUGAUAUCUGCAUUACAGCAUCCUAACCUUGUCAAACUCUAUGGCUGUUGUACAGAAGGGAACCAGUUGUUUCUAGUUUACGAGUAUAUGGAAAACCAUACUAUUUCUGGACUAUUACUGCUGGGUCCAGCUGAACAACAUAAACUGCAACUGGAUUGGGCAACAAGACUCAAGAUUUGCCUUGGGAUAGCAAGAGGUCUAGCAUAUCUGCAUGAGGAAUCCGCAAUAAGGAUUGUACACCGAGAUAUCAAGGCCAGCAAUAAACUGCUUGACAAAGAUUUGAAUGCUAAGAUCUCAGAUUUUGGGCUAGCAAAGCUUAAUGAAGAUGACCACACCCACAUAAGCACAAAAGUAGCUGGAACAAUCGGAUACAUGGCUCCUAAGUAUGCUAUGCGUGGUUAUUUAACAGAUAAAGCUGAUGAAUACAGUUUUGGAGUUGUUGCUUUGGAAAUUGUCAGUGGAAAAAGUAACACAAACUACAGGCCAAAGGAAGAUUUUGUUUAUCUUCUUGAUUGGGCUUGUGUUCUGCAGGAGAGAGGAUCUCUCCUGGAAUUGGUAGACUCAGAUCUAGGAUCCAAUUACUCAACAGAAGAGGCACUCCUCGUGCUGAAUGUUGCCCUGCUAUGCACCACAGCGACACCUACACUCAGACCAAAGAUGUCAGAAGUUGUUAGCCUGCUUGAGGGCAAAGCCUCUCUUCAGCCCUUGCUGUCAGAUCUCAGCCUUGCUGAAAAUAGCCUGAGCUCAAGUGCUGUACGCAUGAACUUCUGGCAAAUCCUAAGUAAGGCCCAGAGCCUGACAGCACAAGCUUUGUGCAAUGACACUAAUGGAGUAAUGGAUCAUCAAUCAUAG